AUGAUGCAACACAGGUGGUGUUUGAAAAGAGGCAAGCAGUUAUUAUCUUUAUCGGACCACUACUGCUCGCUCCAAAAGCCAUCUCUGUUGUUGAAAGCAGCAGCAGAAGGGGUAUCCUCCUCUGUUUCCUCCUCCUCAAUCCAUCCCUUCCGAGUUGAACAACAUGCGGUUGCUGCUGAUUCAUCCUCCUCACUCUUCCGAAGGUUUCAUUCCUCUUCAAAACUGAACCGCCCAUCCUCUUCACCUUCCUCUUCAUGUCCACAACAGGAAGAAGAAAGCACAACGAGAACCAAUGCGUUCCGAACCUUCUUUUACAUUCUCAAGAAACUCGCCAAAUGGGCUCUCAUUCUUGAAGUCUCUCUCAUCUCUCUCAUUGUUUUGUUGUACGGCUCUCUGAGAGGUUUUCUAUGGGCCAUGGAUUGGAUUGAUCUUAAUAAUCCUUCUUCGAGGUUUUACAGCGACUCUGAAUGGGCCAAAUCAUUGUUCGAAUUGAAACAACAAUGUGAGGGAUUGCAUCGCUAUCUGAAAUGUUCAAAAACUAUUUACGUGAUUGCCUUAGAUUACUUUUGGCUGCUCAUUACGGAACCCUAUAACCCACACUAUUGGUUCAUUGAGAAACCUGAUAAGAAUAGUGAAGAAUUUAUUCAACAAAAGAAGGAGGCACAUCGUAGAAAUGCUAAACGUUUGUUAGACAUGUUCAUGGAGCAGAGAGGUGUUUAUAUCAAGUUGGGACAAUUUUUGAGCUCAUUAGUUUCCAUGAUUCCAGACGAAUAUAUUGAAACCUUAUCGGUUUUGAGAGAUCAAGCUCCACAAAUUAGUUUUGAAGAUGUCAAGAUGGUGAUUCAUCAAGAUUUUGGAAAACCUCUAGAGGAAUUGUUUGAUGAAUUUGAAAAAAAGCCAAUUGCUGCAGCAAGUAUUGCACAGGUACACCGAGCACGAACAAAGGAUGGCCGUCUAGUCGCAGUGAAAGUACAAUAUCCAUAUGUGAGAGCUUUCUUUAAUGGUGACAUGCGUACCAAUGAUGCCAUGUCCAGACUCUCGAUUAAACUCUAUUACAUGCAAGAGGAUGCAGAAAAUAUUGACACUCUCGUCGAGUUGAACGACAAAUUUAAUAGAGAAUUAGAGAAUGGCUUAUUUUCAGAGCUUAAUUUCAAACACGAGGCAGAAAAUGCCAAAAAAGCCGCAGCACACAUGCAAGAGCGUCUAGAUGUCUAUGUCCCAAAAAUUUUUGAUCAUCUCACAAGUGAAAGAGUGUUGACCAUGGAAUUUAUUGAAAAUGCUUGUAACGCCAACAAUGUCUCAAAAAUUAAGGAAAUGGGUUUUUCAGAUCACGAUAUUGCCGAGAGAAUUUUAUCAGUCUUCUCUGAUCAAUUAUUCGUGCACGGAUUUUUGCAUGCUGACCCACAUAGCUCAAAUGUGUUUGUGAGGCGUUCACCAACUAAUCCAAAGGAGCCUCAGAUUGUUUUACUCGAUCAUGGACUCUACAAGGAAUUUACAGAGGAUUUUAGAGUUGGAUAUGCAAAAUUUGUGAAAAGCGUGGUGAUGAAUGAUGAGAAGGGAAUGAAGGAGUACUGUGACUCACUAGGUGUAAAAGAUUACAAAUUAUAUGCAAGUCUUUUAAUGAUGCAAUCCUAUGAUUCUUUGGAUGAAGGUGAAAAAUUCGACGUGGAUAAUUGGGCCGAAUAUGAAAAGAUUUUACAAGAACAAAAGGACGAAAUUAUCAACAUUUACAAGAGCAUGCCGGCAGAUAUGCUAUUUGUUGGACGAGCAGACAAUAUCUUGAGAGCAUUGAAUAAGGAUUUGGGAGCUAAGGCCAAUCGAUUUACCAUCAUGGCUCGAUCUGCUGCAAAAGGAGCUUCCUUAUUGAAAACAUCAAACAAUCUGGGAACGAUUUCAUCCGAACGAAAGGGAAUGUUAUCAACAUUCAACGAAUGGAGAUUACGAAUGUAUUUUGAAUUGAGAUUGUUUUAUCUUUCAUUGCAAGCUUGGAUAAUGACACUGUAUGUGAAAUUGUUUGGAAUGACGCCUCAAAUGAUGAAACUGCAAAAGGAACACGAAAAGACAGAGCUUAUCGAGACUGAGGUUGAUUUAUUGGAGACACCUAAACAUUUUGUUUCAGAUUUUAAAUAA